AUGUCUUCAUCAGAGACGGUGAAGAGUUUGUUUGAAAAAGCACUUCGCAAUCCUCCUCCGGACGACUUCGACCUGAACAUGCAAGAACGUAAUGAAGAUCAUCCAAAGAGAUCCACGGAGAAGAAACGACGUAGAGGUCGCAAGCUAGUCAAGCCAGUCACUCCACCACCGGCUGCUGUGAGAAAUGAGGAAGCCAUGGGCCACACUUUCGAGAAAACCAAAGGAUCGCUUCGAUACAAUUGGGAAUACAUUUCCGCAUUUGUAAAUCGAGCUAUAAAAUUUUACAGGUCACCGAGGCAAUGUUCGCUUCGUAACCAACUUGUUGUGAGACCUCGUGAAACCGGACAGACGAUGGUUGUCGACCCCUUGACGAAAAAACCCAGAAAAGCUGAAAUGACACCAGCUGAAGUCGCUCACCAGUGCGAAGGCCGAGUUUCCACAGAUCUCCAGUACGCAUACGAUGCUGAUCGAUUACGUGAAGCAUUUUAUACUGGACGUUUACAGCUGAUAGAAAGUUUAGCUGCUAAGCAAAAUGAGUUCAUGGAGAACAGAAGAACUAUUGAUCCCAAAUGGCUUGAACCAAGCGGUCGCUUGCCAGCGGCGCAAGAAAGUCGCCUUUCUGCGCUAGGUGUACGAUAUGAUUUGACUGUGUGUCCUAGCGAUAUUAUUAAAAAUCUGAAUCGCGAGGAAGAGAAGAGGUUGACACAAGAAGCUGCUAAGAAAAAGCUAACUAAGCAGCAAACCAGUAAUGAGAUAUCACCAUCCUCUCUCCGGUUAAUUCUACAUCAUGAUCCACGGGACGUUGGACUGCCCUACUCUGUGAACCACCAGCAAAUUCGUGUUGGCCCCAUGCAGACAUCACCGCCACAACAAUCUAUGGGACAGAAUUUCCCAAUGACAACAAAAAUGCUACCCACCAGAAUAGCCGAGAGUCGACAGCCGCACCAAAUUCAUGCAAGGCCGUUAGUUCUUUUGGUACCUUUCUUUGCCGCGGAUAGAGGACAUUAG